AUGGACUUGUUGGAACCAUCUGUCUCAGAGGAGCCCUCUCCUGCUGAUUCCGUAGUUGUCAUCAAUACCUCUUCCACUGACAGUAAAGAUUCAAUUCCCACGUCUGCAGCGGACUCUCAGCAACAAGAAGGAGAGCAGAAAAAGAGCCCUGACGAAAAGGAAAUGAUCACAGAUCCAUUAGCGGUAGAAGUUCGAGAUCAGUCGUCGUUGGUAGAUACGCUUAAUGACGAGGAUUUUUGGAAUUAUUUCCGAAUAACACGUAAAACAUUUGCAACGCUCUGCUCUACGCUAGAAACGAUGGAUACGAGAUUAACUCCUUCAAUCUCCUGUUCAACUGCAGUCAAGGUAGCAACUACUCUGGAGGUUCUGGCUGGAGUCAAGCAGUCAUCAGUUGGUUUUACGCCAGCGAAAGUUGGUCUUAUUUUUGACAACGUUCUGGCAGCAUUGGCUGAAUGGUCGACAACGAUAGUGCAGUGGCCUGACGAUCGGGAACGUAGAAAGAUCAGUGACAAGUUCUUCGACAUGACUGGCCUAAGAGGUAUUGUGGGUUGUAUUGAUGGGACAAUAAUAAAAGGGAUCAAGGAAUUAAUGUUGGAGUUGUGGCUGAUGAUAAAAAGCAAUUUUCGGUGGCGUAAUUCGCCGAAGUUCGCGCGAUGA